GUAUUCAAGACACUGGGAGAUGGGACGUAUGGCUCAGUGCUGAAGGCACAAAACAAGCAGACCAAUGAGAUGGUGGCAAUUAAAAAGAUGAAGCAGAAGUACUACAGUUGGGAGGAGUGCAUGAAGCUUCGUGAGAUCGCAUCUUUGCGGAAGCUGAUCCACCCCAACAUUGUGAAGCUCAAGGAGGUGAUCCGAGAGAACGAUGAGCUGCAUUUGGUUUUUGAGUUCAUGGAGGCCAACCUCUAUGAGUUCAUGAAGUCCCGGGUGCGCGCAAUACCCGAGAGCAAGGUUCGAAAUAUCAUGUUUCAGACCAUGCAGGCCAUGAACCAUGUACACAAGCACGGCUAUUUUCACCGGGACAUGAAGCCCGAAAACCUAUUGGUCAGUGGCGAGACGGUGAAGCUAGCCGACUUCGGCCUGGCGCGAGAGAUUCGAGCGCGACCGCCUUUCACAGACUAUGUGUCCACACGCUGGUAUCGGGCGCCUGAGGUGCUGCUGAGAAGUUCCAUCUACAACUCGCCUUUAGAUAUUUGGGCUUGUGGCGGUAUCAUGGCUGAGCUUUACACCCUCAGGCCCCUUUUUCCAGGCGCAUCUGAGAGCGACCAGCUCUACAAGAUUUGCUCUGUUCUUGGCACACCCACCACGGUCAGCUGGCCCGAGGGCUUCAAGCUCGCAGCCCAGAUGGGCUACAAGUUCCCCCAGUUUGUUCCUACGAGGCUAGAGACGCUCGUCCCUCAAGCCAAUGCGGAGGGCAUUCAGCUCAUGCAGGCCAUGAUGCAGUGGGAUCCCAAUAGGCGGCACUCUGCGACCAAGAUCCUGCACCAUCCCUACUUCGAGGCUGAUGCGCUGAAUGAGACCGCCCAGUUCGGCUCCAGCGCCUUGCCAGCGGUCCCCUCGGAGGCUUCCGCCGCUAAGUCACGGGCCGAUGUGCCAAAGCCCGGCAUGCCGUCCAUUCCCACGGGGAGCAACAGCUUCGCUGGGGGCAUGGGCAACAUGGGCAACAGCCUCACUGGCAGCAACAGCCUGGCUGGGGACGCGCUCUUCAACACCAAAGGAAGCUUCAAAGGAGAUGGGAGCCACGGCAGCCAUCCGAACUCUGGCAGAAGGCCAUCGGGGUUCGGUAAGGAGAACGCCGGCGGCUCCAAAGGCUUCAACCUGCCUCCGCUCUCCAUGGCUCCGGAAGGUCGCAAAAGCUCCGGCACCGGCAAGAAAAGUCCCGGCGCGCGAUACCUGAAGAUGGCACGCUAUCAGCCAGGCAUGCAGCAGGUCUCCGGUCUGCCUGCGGUGCGGCCGAGCCUGCCUUCGGGAGCUGGCGCCACGGCGCGGAGGGAGCCGCGGGAGCCGGCCUUGCCGGAGGUGGGCGCCCGGCAGUCGUACUUUGGCUCGCAUGCGGCCCGGAUGCUGGGCUGA